AUGGCACGCCGUCUCUGCGCUGGCCCAGGUCAGGUUGCCAGCGAAGGACGCCAGGUCGGAUUUGCCUCGGCGCUGGCCGAGAGGGGCGUUAGUCUGUUCACCAGGGUGAAGUAUGGCUUGCAUGGAUACUGCAAGAGGGUACUACGGGAGAAAGUGCUGAGCUCCCGGCUUCUCACACCAAGUGAUAGUCCGGCGCCUGGUAUUUGCGUUGAGAUUAUCUUGCGUACAGAUCCGGGGUUGGUUCUUGCCGAAGAGUUGCAUGCCAAGGGUAACGAUCGAAUACGAGCUUCGCAAUAUCCUCUCAGCAACUGA